AUGGAGAGUGGAAAGAGUUUCACUGAUAGUGGAACACUUAGAACACACCACGGGACUCACAUGGGCAAGAAAAGAUUCCAAUGCAAGGAGUCUGGAAAGAGCUUCAAUCAGAGGGGAAACCUUAAUAUACAUCAGCGGAGUCACACAGGAGAGAAACCAUAUGAAUGUAUGGAGUGUGGAAAGAGGUUCAGUUUAAAUGCAAACCUUAGAAGCCAUCAACGGACUCACACGGGUGAAAAACCAUAUAAAUGUAUGGAGUGUGGAAAGAGCUUCAGUGGGAGUGGACAACUCAAUAGACAUCUACAGACUCACACAGGGGAGAAACCAUUUAAAUGCAUGGAGUGUGGAAAGAGCUUCAGUUUAAAUGCAAACCUUAGAAGCCAUCAACGGACUCACACGGGUGAAAAACCAUAUAAAUGUAUGGAGUGUGGAAAGAGCUUCAGUGGGAGUGGAUACCUUAGAAGCCAUCAACAGACUCACACGGAUGAAAAACCGUAUGAAUGUAUGGAGUGUGGAAACAGCUUCAGUUUCAAUGUGUCCCUUAGAAGCCAUCAACGGGCUCACACGGGAGAAAAACCAUAUAAAUGUAUGGAGUGUGGAAAGAGCUUCAGUCAGAGUGGAUACCUCAGAAGACAUCAACGGACUCACACGGGUGAAAAACCGUAUGAAUGUAUGGAGUGUGGAAAGAGCUUCAGUGGGAGUGGAGACCUUAGAAGACACCAACGGACUCACACAGGGGAGAAACCAUAUAAAUGCAUGGAGUGUGGGAAGAGUUUCAGUAACAGUGGUCACCUCAAUAUACAUCUACAGACUCAUACAAGAGAGAAACCAUUUAAGUGCAUGGAGUGUGGGAAGAGCUUCAGUCAGAGUGGACAACUUAGAAGCCACCAGCGAACUCACACGGGAGAAAAACCAUAUGAAUGCAUGGAGUGUGGAAAAAGCUUCCGUUUCAAUGCAAGCCUUAAAAUACAUCAACGGACUCACACAGGAGAGAAACCAUUUAAGUGCAUGGAGUGUGGAAAGAGCUUCUGUCAGAGUGGACACCUUAGAAAACAUCUACAGGUUCACACAGGGGAGAAACCAUUUAAAUGCAUGGAGUGCGGAAAAAGCUUCUGUCAGAGUGGACCCCUUAGAAAACAUCUACAGGUUCACACAGGGGAGAAACCAUUUAAAUGCAUGGAGUGCGAAAAGAGCUUCAGUUUAAAUGCGUCCCUUAGAAGACACCAACGGACUCACACAGGAGAGAAACCAUAUAAAUGUAUGGAGUGUGGAAAGAGUUUUAGUGAUUAUGCAAACCUUAGACAACAUCAACGGACUCACACAGGAGAGAAACCAUAUAAAUGUAUGGAGUGUGGAAAGAGUUUCAGUCACAGUGGAAGUCUUAGAAAACAUCAGCAGACACACAGGGAAGAAACCAUAUAAAUGUAUGGCAUGUGGAAGGAACUUCAGUCAGAGGGGUGCCCUUGAUUUACAUCAAGAAACUUACACAAGAGACAAACUAUAUAAAUGUCAGGAAAGUAGAUAGAGGGUCAGUCCUAGUGGAAGUCCUACCCUGUUUCUCAUAUUUUAAGACAUACCCAUAAAAUAAGCCAUAGCAAGAUUUUAAGCAUUCAAGGAAUAUAAGCCAUACCCCGAAAAUAAGACAUAGUGAUAGGCGCAGCAGCAAUGCCGGCCGCGGCAGGAGGAGGAGGAAAAAAAUAAGACAUCCCUUGAAAAUAAGUCAUAGUGUGUUUUUUUGAGGAAAAAAUAAAUAUAAGACAUGUCUUAUAAUAUGAGAAACACGGUAAAUGUCAGGAAAGUAGAUAGAGGGUCAGUCCUAGUGGAAGUCCUGUAUCAACAGACUCAUGAGCACGAAGAACUUUAAUAGUUUAACCGUACAAACCCAUCAACAACUCAAGAGGAGAAGCAGUUUAAAUGGAAAGAUUUGCAGAAAGUGCUUUUGUUAUAAUGGAGUGUUUAAGAAACAUCUUGGGACUCUCAUAGGGGAGAACCCAUUUAGAUGUAUGGAAUGUGGGAUGUGUUCCUCUCAGAAUCCACUCCUUUCUACACAGCAAUGAACUCAGCAGGAAUCCUUCUUGAAGCAUGAUGUGUAUGUAAAGUUCUUGUGUUUAUAUGUAAAACUGAACAGUAAUGAAAUAUUUAAGGCAAUGUCUCACAAUAGGGAGUAUAAUUUUAGAUGUAAGAUACAUUUUGAUAGAGAGGGAAAAUCUGGAUUGCUGGUGGGGAGUGAGGAUUAGGGCUGGGCGAUAUAUUGAUAUCUCAUCCAAUACUGGUUUCUAGACCACAUCGUGAUAACCUUUGAAAAACAAUUGAUAUGGCAAUAAACCACGAAUCACAGUGUGUGUUUCUAGGAUGUACCUGGAAGCAGCCGGCAGAAAACUUUGCUUCGUGAAGCCACCUUCAUUGCAGUGUGUCGUUCCAGCCUCUUUCUUCCUUGCUCCCUUUUGCCGGUGUGUGUGUCUGACUUAGAUAUACUGUGGGCGUAUUUUUUUACUACUGAAACUGGAUUUGCUCUCAGGAGCUAAGUUUUGUGCCUCACUGGGGACCCACUGAGAACUGUAUGCUUUGAAACCUCAGUAAACUAUUACUGAAGACGUCCUACUGUCCCUGCGUGU